AUUAGGUACUAAUGGGUUUGCAGAGACCCCAACACCAAGAAACUCGGUUUUAUGGCUUUACCCCCAGCCACUCUCACUUAACUGAUGACGAUCAAAAGAAAACGAAAUCUGGGCUGUUCCAUUCAUUUUCACUAAUAUCCUAUAUAUAUGUACACACACACAGUUAUACACAUCACACAUGCCUAUCGACAUAAGUCUCGCUCCACGCCACCACGUUAUAUAUAUGUAAAUAUAAUAUAUAUAUACAUAAAUAGAGAGUCUCUGGUCUGAUUUCGUGGCUUCGUUACUCGACUGAUGUAAGGCGAACGGUUUGAGACCCAAAAGCCAAAUCCAAUUUACUCAUCCAGCUCACUCAAUCUCAUCAAAGAAGAAAGGCGGAAGCUUCGUCGUCACGCUCUGGUGCUUCUUUCACUCUUUCGCUUUCUCUCUCCUUUAUUGCACUUGGUCAAGCACAAUCUUCGAAAAACCCAACUUUUAUUUUUCUCUCUCUCUUAUCGAAGCUGUAUCUGUGACUGUAUAUACAUAUAAAUACAUAUAGACACUUUGCUUUGGUGUUUCACGAUCUGGGUCUUGCUCGUUUUUUGAAUUUGAAUCCUUUUCCUUAUCUGGGUCUUAGUCCAAAUCCCUAUUUAUUAAAGAAAACAAACCGCUAUGAGGAAGAGGGAGAGGGAGAACCCUUGUGGGGUUUGUGGGCACUAUCACAAGUAUGAAGAAGGGGAGGUUUGUGGGAUCUGUGGCCAUCGGAUUCCGGUCUCCUCCGAAAAAACUUCGAUCCAAGUUAGCGCUUUUCCGUCCGAGAUCUUGCCGGAUUUUCUUUAUCUGGGUAGCUAUGAUAACGCUUCUCGUUCUGAGCUUCUCAAGACUCAAGGAAUCUCUCGUGUUUUAAACACUGUACCUGCUUGUCAAAAUCUCUACAAAAAUUCCUUCACCUAUCACUGCCUCCAAGAUGAAGUAACUUUACAAUUUGAUGAUGCAAACCAGUUUUUAGAGCAAUGUGAAAAGGACAAGGCUCGUGUGCUAGUGCACUGUAUGUCGGGUAGAAAUAGGUCGCCAGCUGUUGUGAUGGCAUACUUGAUGAAAUCCAGAGGAUGGAGGCUAGCUCAGAGUUAUCAGUGGGUGAAAGAACGGAGACCAUCUGUUCAGUUAACCGAAGCUGUCUCGCAGCAAUUGCAGGAGUAUGAGAGGAAGAUUUUCGGAUCAAUUGAUAAUAGCAAUCCCACCCAACCCAUUUUCCUGUCUGUUGCCGCACCUUUGUUCAACAUAGGCUUCCCAAAAAUCAACGAUCCAGUUCCCGUCCCCGCUUUCAACACCGUCAGUGCUCCCUCCAUUUUUGAGCGUCUGCCUACAAGUAUUCCGCCUAAUGAGUUCACAUUUGGAGCAAUUCCGGCUCAAAGUGAAAUUGCAGCAGGCCCUGUCAAUGCUAAUCCCCCAAGUUCAGCUGCAAAUGAUAUUCAAAUGGACAGUUCUUGAUUUUUUUCUUUUUUUUUUUUUGGCUAGUGGUCUUUUAAUACUUAUUGAAUAUAAAGCAUGGUCAGAAGUUUAAGUCCGGAGUUGGAUGAGUUCUGUGGAUUUGAAUGUAAAGUGGGAGUGACUGCUUUGGUUUGUAAGGUUUGAUGUGGUAAAAAGCCAUAUUGCCUUGAUCAUCUCUCUCUCAUUCUCACUGUCGUUUUACAAGGGCAACAAUUUUUUUAUCGACUCUUGUGCUUAUACAAAUGUAAUCUUCCUACUUUAAAAAGGUACCUUCGUUUCGGUUCA